GGACGAUCAACAUCACCAAGACCGCUGAGUAAUCGUCCAGUUUCUCGUUCACGCUCUCGCAAUUCAGGCUGGGGAUCACGAUCACCUUCUCGUUCUCGGUCAGUUAGCAAGUCAGAUGAGAGGAUGCGCUCAAUAUCGAGGUCACUGAGCAGAAGUCGUAGUAGGAGCAGAUCGGUUGAUAGCUCUCGCGGUCUGAAAUGCGUCGUUGUUCGUGGAUUAACGAAGAAUGUAGCAGUUGAGCAUCUGGAGGAAAUAUUUGAUGCUUACGGCAAAAUAGUUCAUGUUGAGUUAGUCAAAGCUAGAAAAAUUAAUACAACGAUGGGAUACGCUUUUAUUUUCUACGAACAUGUUGAAGACGCAGAGGACGCCUGCGAUUUCAUGCAUAAGGGUAUAAUAGAUGAAGUUAAAGUUACGGUCGAUAUGUCAAAAAUGACAAUGCAAAAGCUCAAAGAUAGACAGCGCUCACCACCGAGGAGAGGCGGAUAUAGACAGCCACCACCAAGGAGAGGACGUGAAUCACCACCGAAGAGAGGUGGAUAUGAUGAUUACUACGACGAUCGUAGAAGAUCCUACUCACCGCCAUACAGACGCCGUUCUCCGAGCUACCAAGGAAGAUACGAAAAUUCCUAUGAUAAGUCACGCUACUAAAAGUGCUAGAAGUGUUACAAAUACUAAAAUGCUAUCUAAUGUAAAUUAAAUGUCAUACCAAACUGAGCGAUUCGUUU